UAAAAGACGAGAAAAGAAGCUUCUUCCUUUUCUCUCUUCUCGGGUAACUUCAGCUCCAGCUAUCUGUCACGCUGAUAUCGAAAUAUAUAUACUUUUUGAGGUAUAAUUGAAUUUCCACCGAGCAACAAACAAAAAGAUGCAGGCAUCAAGAGCAAGGUUGUUUAAGGAAUACAAAGAGGUGCAACGAGAAAAGGCGGCCGAUCCGGACAUUCAACUAGUUUGUGAUGAUUCCAACAUAUUCAAGUGGACUGCUCUUAUCAAGGGACCGUCUGAGACUCCUUAUGAAGGUGGAGUCUUUCAGCUUGCUUUUUCUGUUCCCGAGCAGUAUCCUUUGCAACCUCCUCAAGUGCGCUUCUUGACGAAAAUAUUUCAUCCCAACGUGCAUUUCAAGACUGGAGAGAUUUGCCUUGAUAUAUUGAAGAAUGCAUGGAGCCCUGCUUGGACACUUCAGUCUGUUUGUAGGGCUAUAAUAGCUUUAAUGGCUCACCCAGAACCUGAUAGCCCACUCAAUUGUGAUUCUGGCAAUCUUUUAAGAUCUGGCGAUGUUAGAGGAUACCAGUCCAUGGCAAGAAUGUACACCAGACUUGCUGCCAUGCCCAAAAAAGGUUGAACUUAUAGUGCUAUAAGCUGUCUUAAACCAUAAGAGCUGAUUUAUUAUCUGCAGUUCAAUUUGUUGUGCACAUUUCAAACAUUGUGAUAGAAAUUCAUGAAUACUUCCAGCUUUUCGGUUCCAA